AUGAAUGGCAGCACGAUAUUGCGCUUGAAACCCCUUUUCGGGCCCUUCUUCACCUACCAUACUGACGAACCAUCGCUUCAAUUGGUACACAAAGAGAAAUACUGGAUAGAAUUCAGAUACGAGUGGAUAGGAGAGAUGGCGGAUCGAGAUACUCCGAGUCAAAGCUUCCAAGAAGCCGUUGAGCAGAACUCGCCUGACAAUUCAGAGCCUAUGGAAAGAGCUCGGUGUCUCGGAGAUAACUAUCUAGAUAAAUACUUUCAAACACAGGAUACGACCGACCUAGAUGCUGCGAUUCAGCAUUACCAAGAAUACCUUCUGAUGAAACAACUUGACGAAGACCGUGAGGGACUACUUACGGCUCUCGGAAACGAGUUCAAUACGAGAUAUGUCGUAACAAGACAACAAUCAUAUAGCGAUACAGCUAUCAGAUUAUUCCAAGAACUAGUUGACCGGACGCCUCUUGGUCAUCGUCAUCAUUCGUUUCGGCUCCACUAUCUCGCUACUGCAUAUCGUGAUAGGUUUACAAUAACAGGAGAUGAAGCAGCUAUAGACGCGGCAAUCAAGUGGUACAAACAGAGCGCCGACCAUGGAAAAUUGGAAGAGAGAUAUGCACUACGGAUAGGCAACCUUGCAGCUGGAUAUCGGGAUAAAUCCCACCGGAAUUCUGACCGAACAACGGCGAUAGCAGACAGGGAGGCAGCGAUUCAACUCUUCCAAAAGGGCCUUGACCACAUUUCAUCGACAGUCCGACAGCGAUAUGCGUGCGCGAAAGAUUUGUUCCCUCUUUAUGCUGAUUAUGGUUCAUGGCACAAAGCCUAUGCUGUUGCGAAGACUGCGAUCCACCACAUACCAUUAAUGGCCACGAGAGACGACUUCAACGACGUGAUACAGAUUCAAUGUAUUGAGUUUGCUGGAUUGGCUUCACUUUCUGCAGCAAUGAUCCUAUAUACAAUAAAUGACCUGCUUGAUGCUAUCCAACUCCUUGAACUUGGUAGGGGCGUCCUUGCCAAAUAUCUGAGCGAACGGCAUGCCGAUGUUUCAACCAGUCUAAAGGACUAUCCCGACGUUCAAAGAGACUAUAUUGAUCUCAGAAAUCGGCUGUACGGAUUAGAAACAUCGGAGCCAGAUGGGAGAACGUGGAACAGAUACGGACGAUCUCUUGCGCGCGCAAAAGCGUUGAGAGAUAUGGAGCAGCUGACAUCCAAAAUCCGAGACCUACGAGGCUUGAAGAACUUCAUGGUUCCUCCAGGAAAAGAGGAAUUCCAAAAUGCUGCGAAACAUGGGCCCAUUUGCAUUAUCAAUGUCACCAAAUAUCGCUGUGACGCAAUAAUUAUCAAAGCUGAUGGCCUGCGGCAUCGGGCAUUGCUGAAGCUCAGAAGUGAUAGAGUGAAGGCCAAAGCACAAAACGGUGACUUUAGUAGCGUUAAGACCUUAGAGUGGAUGCGGGAUGUCAUCGCGCAUCCAGUGUUUGAGGAGUUGGGCAUCACCGAACCUUCAGCUGAUGGCAAGUGGCCCCAUAUUUGGUGGAUUCCUACUGGCCUCCUGGCCAAGUUCCCGCUACAUGCGGCCGGGUAUCAUAAGUCAACGUCCUCCAGAACGGUGCUUGAUCGAGCCAUGUCCUCAUAUAGUUUGUCUGUGAGGGCAAUAAUUGAUGGCCGUGCAACUCGAGAUCCAGCAGCUGCGCAACUAGCACCACCUAAAGCGCUUCUCAUGGUAAUUCCCGACACUCCAGGAAAAGAUCCGCUUCGUUUUGCAACCAGGGAGGUAGCGGCCGUACGCAGCCUGUGUAAAUCAAUGAAAUGGGACCCCAUCAACCAGGUCAACGGAAAGCCGAUAUCAUUGAAUAUCUACCGCAAUCACGCACCCUUUCUCGCCUAUCUCUCUGCGUGUGGAACCGGGGAGAUCAACGAUGAAACAUUUCUCGACGAGAGUGUCCAUCUCAUCAACGCUUUUCAGGUAUCAGGAUUUCGCCACGUCACCGGCACCCUAUGGAAGGUGAACGACAAGAUCUGUGCGGACGUCGCAAGCAUCACGUACGGAGGCAUUAGGGAUGGACUCAUGACGGAUGAAUCUGUAUGUUUGGGUCUUCAUCAAGCUAGCCGGAAACUUCGGGAUGAUUGGAUAGCCAGAACAAGUCCCAGGCGUGAUGUGAAUCAUGAGCUGGCUGCUAGACAUGAUGCAAAUGGCAGCGAUAAGAGGGAUGAUGAUCAAUCUAGACACAUUGGCUCAGGUGGUUACAAUGAGAGUGGGUUGUUAAAUUGGGUUCCUUAUGUUCAUUUUGGUGUUUAGUCUCCUUUGGUGUUUGGUUUACAUCUGUUUGAAGAGUUGGCGAGCUAGUAUGUUCUUAAUGUAUUAAGGAUCCAUUC